AUGGCUGAUUCGCCCAUUCAGCGCCAGUUGAACACACGUCGCGCCUCUACCUUUGAGGAGAGUCAACGACGGAACUCCACUCUCUCGGACUCACUCUCAGAGGCCCGCAACUCCAUCCGCUCAUCGACCGACGACUUGUUUCUACCUCGUGUGGCAAAAUACCAUGAUGAAAUUUCAGCUGAAGAAUCGCAUUGGCAUUCAGCACCGCUCGGAUUGGCCCUGCUGCCUGCAAUUGCGGGUGUUUUCUUCCAUGAAGGUAGUUCCUUCGUUACCGAUGUCACAUUACUAGUCCUGGCCGCUAUAUUUCUCAACUGGGACUGGUACCGCUCAGCCCAGGCCAUUCGAGGAGAAGAAAGCGGAUUGCCAGCGUGCGACGAUUCACAGUUCGAGCUCGACGACGACCACGAACCCCAACAGAAAGAAAUAGCAACAGCCACCUCUGAGCUCCAAAUCCACGAACUCGCCGCUUUAGCCGCCUGCUUUAUAUUUCCCAUAGUUGGCACCUGUCUCCUGCACGCCAUCCGCUCCAGUCUCUCCCGACCCUCCGAGGGCCUAGUGUCAAACUACAACCUAACAAUCUUCCUCCUAGCCUCAGAAGUCCGCCCAGUCUCCCACCUCCUAAGACUAAUCCAAAAACGAACACUACACCUCCAACGCAUCGUAUCAUCCUCAACAGACCCUAUCAUCAGCCCAACAACUCUGCAAGACCUAUCAAAGCGCCUCGAAGAACUCGAAGCCCACGUCGCAGAGACAGCAACUGCCCGUCUUGCAGCCAACUCAAUAGAUAAAGGUCCCCAUCGCCUCUCCCCAAAAGAACAAGGACAGAACCAACCCGAGACAUCCCUAUCCCUCGUCGCCAGCGCAGCCUUCGAAACUCGAAAAGCUAUCCAGCCCGAGAUCGAAGCCCUUAAUCGCGCCGUCAGGCGCUACGAGAAACAAUUCGCCCUAUUCACUCUGCAGACGGAUCAGCGUUUCGCACGGCUCGAGACUCAGGCUAGCGACGCGAUUGCACUGGCUGCUGCUGCGAAGCGGUCGACGGAGUCCCAGCGUCCGAACUAUGCGCUUGUCCUGCUGGACUGGGCUUGCGCGUGUGUCAUUGUUCCUGCUCGGAGUGCGCUGUUGGUUGGUAGCUUGCCUGGGCGUGCGGUCGCAGGGUGUUGGGAUGCUGCGAAGCGCAUGCUUCCCGGGCGGAAGGUUGUGCCGCAGCAGAGAUCGAAGUCUAGAUCUGGGUUGAAGGGGAAGGUUGUAGCUCGGGCUGGGGGUCGAGCUGAGGGGGCCGGAUCGUCGAAUGUGUAUUGGGAGGGUGGUGCGCUGGGGCCGCAGCGGCGGUCUGGGGUGAGGAAUGGGAAUGAGGCGUGA